AUGAAUGCAUUUCUCGAUAAAUACGGAAAAGACACGACCACAAACUUUCAACUUUUGAAAUGGGCUAAGGAAUUGAACGUCUCGCCGUUUUAUUAUUGCAUGCGAGAUGAAAUUGAUGAACUGAAAUACAAGAAAGAGAGAAAGUUGACCAAAUUAGAAGCUAUUGUCACGGACAAAUCGUAUUAUUUCAAUCUUCCAUUCGAAAGUGACACUGCCUUCGAUGAAAAAGACCAAAUUUAUAAAUCAAACAAAUACGGAUUCAAAGCAGAAAUAAAAGUAGGUACUCUCGCAUACGGAGAACCUAAAAACGUAUUCGAUAUCGGCGAAACGCAAGAGUUUUCUUUUCGAGGUAAUUGUCUGAUUCAAAUAGAAUUUCCCAUGAAGGUUAAAGUCAAUAAAGUAGUCUUCAAACAAACUGGUAAUGCCGUCAAACAUAUUUCAUUAUUCAAUGAUGGUAAUUUGGAAGAGAAUAUACGUUUGAUUGAUAAAAGGGAUCAGGAAAUUGAAACGAAAAAUGGUAAAUAUGUAGACACCUUUAAAAUGGAAGUAGAAAAUGAUAAAGAUAUCAUUGGAAUCAAAGAUUUAGAUAUGAUAUUGGAGCCGGAAAAUCCACCAUCAACCAACAUUGUCAAAAUUCCACGACGCUUACACGUACACAGAAAAAUAGAAUCGACCAGUCGCGAGUUUUUACGAACAACAGACUUUGAAUACGUAAAACUAUAUUUCGCUUUAGGUGAAAAAUACACCUCGAUCGAUGUUCAUAAAAGUCAACAAGAAAGAGAGUUUAUAGUGCAUUUAUCGUUUGCCGAAGACUCCAUCCUUGAAGGUGGUGGUUUUAUUUCUAGAGCCAAGAUAAACAUCGAAAAAGAAAAAAUAAAAUAUUCCUAUCAUCUUAACGAGGACCAUACGAAAAAAGAAAUGUCGUUAGUACGCGUAAAUGUUUUUACUUUUAAUACCCGCAAAUAUAAUAAUGCUAGGCCAAACAAGCGCGCUCUAUACGAUAUUCCGUGGUUCCAUUUAUCGGAAAUUCACUUAAUUUAA